CGAUCGCAGGGAAGAAACCGCUUCCUUCGACACGUGAAGCAGCAAAAACACGCCACGAAGUUCAGACACGUCCAUCCUUCAGAAGAGAAGCAGCCGCCACGAUGGCCUCUUCGUCCUUGUUGUGCCGCCUCACCCUCUGUCUCAUCGGAUCGGUCGCCACGGGCCUCGCUCUGCCGCUCGCGGAGCCGCCACUGAUCCACGACCACCCCUUCGUGGCCAUCUGGAACGCCCCCGUCGACCAGUGCCGCCGGCUCAACAUCCCGCUGGACACCUCGGCCUUCCAGGCCGUGACUACGCCGGCCGCCGUGCCCCGUCAGUUCCUCACCAUCUUCUACGAGGACCGCCUGGGUCUCUACCCCAAAGUCGACGUCGCCAAACACAAGAUCUACAGAGGCGGCAUCCCCCAAAUUGGAAACCUUGACGAGCAUCUGUCCAAGGCCCAGAGUCAAAUCAACCACUACAUCGCCCAGGAUUCCUCGCCUGGGCUCGCUGUCAUCGACUGGGAGUCCUGGCGCCCCCUGUGGGAUCAGAACUGGGCGUCAAAACGAAUCUAUAAGAAGCUGUCCAUCGCUCACGCCAUGCGGGUGGCCCCUUUUUUGUCGUCCAAGAGAGUUUCCGCGCUGGCUAAAAUCCAGUUUGAACGCGCCGGGCAGCGCUUCAUGGAGAAGACCAUCAGCCUCGGGAUCGGCGAGCGUCCGAGCCGCCGAUGGGGCUUCUACCUCUUCCCCGACUGCUACAACUACGGCUGGAAGAAACCCGACUACACCGGGAAGUGCUCCGCCAAGACCCAGAAGCAGAACAACCAGAUGCUUUGGCUGUGGGAGCGCAGCACCGCCCUUUUCCCCUCCGUCUACCUGCGGCAGGAGAUGAGGAACUCCCCCAAGGCCGCGCUGUUCGUCCGCAACCGGGUCCAGGAGGCGCUAAGGGUGGCCGCGCUGCCUAAACGCCCAUACACCAUGCCGGUCUACGUCUACGCCAGGACGCUGUACCGGGACCAGAACCAGAACGCACUGACCCAGACGGACCUGGUGAGCACCGUGGGAGAGUCUGCAGCUCUGGGAGCUUCAGGGGUCGUGAUGUGGGGAGGAACCAAAGACUACGACAACAAGGCCGCCUGCGAGUCGCUGUCCGAGUACCUGACGUCCACCUUCAACCCGUACGUCGCCAACGUGACGGCGGCCGCCAUGCUCUGCAGCCAGGUCAUGUGCCAGGGGAGGGGCCGCUGCGUGAGGAAGAACUACGACUCCGCCCACUACCUGCACCUGAAUCCCGCCCACUUCAGCAUCCUGCGAGCCCACGGGAAGUUCGUGGCCAUCGGUCUCCCGUCCGCCGCCGACCUGGAGGUCUGGGCCGGGAACUUCACCUGUCAGUGCUACGCGGGGCGGGGCUGCUCCCCCAAACUGUCCCAGCCGACCAAAAUCAUGCGCAUCUGGGUUUAAACGGGAAACCAUUUCCAUGAGCGCCCCCCCCCCCCAAGCCACACAUUUCAUUACUUUAAUGAGAUGAUGGGCUCGUCUCCAUUACAUCGGUGAUUCUGUUUGUUUUAAACAAGGGCAGACAUUAAGUAAGACAAUUUUACAUUUUAGUCAGCAUUGUUUAAUGUUUCUUUCCCACAUCAUUUAAAUACUGAUUAAUUUUAGAUUAACCCAGAGCUGUAAUAAAUAAUAAUAAAUUAAUUCCUGAAAACAAACAUUCUUUUGGUUUCAGUGUG